UUGACGGUGUUGCUGAUAUUUGUUUGGUUUCUGCGUGCGAAAAAGAAAGAAGGAAAUAUUUUUGCUUUUGUCAUCACGCACAUUUUGACAAUUACAUACGAGAGUUCACGUAGGUGCGAACAGCCUUCGAAAUCUCUUUCAACGCGAAUAAACCGAAUAUGUAAUUGUCAAAAUGUGCGUGAUGACAAAAGCAAAAAUAUUUCCUUCCUUCUUUUUCGCAUGCAAAAACCAAACAAAUAUCAGCAACACCGUCAACGCGAAUUCAAAAGUAAACAUCUCUGCCGAGCGUAGAAAGCUUGCAGCUGCUUUUAAAGUGGAUUAUUCGAAGCUACAUUAGAUAUUUACCGAAAUUGACUGGCUAUGGAGAACAUCUUGGAACCGAGUAGCUCCGAUGAUAACAUGCCAUCAGACGGAAAAAAGGACAUGCAUUCGCUGCUGUCUUCGGAAGAUGACUUUUUCGACGGACCGCCGUCGUCAUCAAUAAAAAUCGAACCAACCCAGCUGCAGGAAGACGGCCGAUCUUCAUACUUGAAAUCCGAAUUUGAAGACAUUAUCUUUCCCGAGAUCGGCCGGGAAAGCCAGAAUAACAGCGACGAAGCUCUCAGUAAGGAACAACAGCAAAAGAACCUGGAACGAGCGAAGCGGAAAGAAAUGAAAAGCAAAAAGAUUAUGGAGGAAGAAGAGCUGGAGAAGAUGCAAGUUCUCGUAUCCAACUUUACCGAGGAACAACUGGACCGCUAUGAAAUGUACCGGCGGGCUGCUUUUCCAAAAGCAGCCGUCAAACGGCUAAUGCAAACCAUCACCGGCUGUUCGGUGUCGCAGAAUGUGGUCAUCGCUAUGUCCGGUAUAGCGAAGGUUUUUGUCGGAGAGGUUGUCGAGGAGGCCCUUGAUGUCAUGGAGGGAACGGAAGAAACCGGUGCCAUACAACCGAAAUACCUUAGAGAAGCAGUACGACGAUUGCGGGCCCGGGGGCAAAUUCCAAACGGUCGGGGGCAUAAACAGUUUUUUAAAAUGAAUUAGUAUAUUUGAAUUAUGUUAGAUAUUUCAGAAACAAUGGUUUAACUAUUAGUGCUUUUUUGUACUGAGUAACUUAAUAAUACAAUAAAAAUAUGUCAAUAAAUAUA